AUGGCCGCUACCCGGCCCGCGCGGGGGCCAGCGCUCCCGCUCCUGGGGCUGCUGCUGCUGCUGCUGGGGGGCCGGGGCCGGGGGGCGGCCGGGAGCGGGAAUGCGACCGGGUCUGGGCCGCGGGGCGCUGGCGGGAGCGCGAGGAGGAGCGCAGCCGCCACUGGCCCUCCGCGGCUGCUGAGCCACUGCGGCCGGGCGGCCCCCUGCGAGCCGCUGCGCUACAACGUGUGUCUGGGCUCGGCGCUGCCCUACGGGGCAACCUCCACGCUGCUGGCCGGGGACUCGGACUCCCAGGAGGAAGCGCACGGCAAACUCCUGCUCUGGUCGGGCCUCCGGAACGCCCCUCGCUGCUGGGCAGUGAUCCAGCCCCUGCUAUGUGCUGUGUACAUGCCCAAGUGCGAGAAUGACCGAGUGGAGCUGCCCAGCCGCACCCUCUGCCAGGCCACCCGCGGCCCCUGUGCCAUCGUGGAGAGGGAGCGGGGCUGGCCCGACUUCCUGCGCUGCACCCCCGAUCACUUCCCCGAAGGCUGUCCGAAUGAGGUGCAGAACAUCAAAUUCAACAGUUCGGGCCAGUGUGAGGCUCCGCUGGUUCGGACGGACAACCCCAAGAGCUGGUACGAGGACGUGGAGGGCUGCGGGAUCCAGUGCCAGAACCCGCUCUUCACGGAGGACGAGCACCAGGACAUGCAUGUCUACAUCGCUGGCUUCGGCGCCGUCACAGGCCUCUGCACGCUCUUCACGCUGGCCACGUUUGUUGCUGACUGGCGGAAUUCGAAUCGCUACCCUGCAGUCAUUCUCUUCUACGUUAAUGCGUGUUUCUUCGUGGGCAGCAUUGGCUGGCUGGCCCAGUUCAUGGACGGUGCCCGCCGGGAGAUUGUCUGCCGGGCAGAUGGCACCAUGAGGCUUGGGGAACCCACCUCCAAUGAGACCCUGUCCUGCGUCAUCAUCUUUGUCAUUGUCUAUUAUGCCCUGAUGGCUGGCGUGGUCUGGUUUGUGGUCCUCACCUAUGCCUGGCACACCUCCUUCAAAGCCCUAGGCACCACCUACCAGCCUCUUUCAGGCAAGACCUCCUACUUCCACCUGCUCACAUGGUCACUCCCGUUUGUGCUCACUGUGGCCAUCCUUGCUGUGGCCCAGGUGGAUGGGGACUCCGUGAGCGGCAUCUGUUUUGUGGGCUACAAGAACUACCGAUACCGCGCUGGCUUUGUGCUGGCCCCCAUUGGCCUGGUGCUCAUUGUCGGAGGCUACUUCCUCAUCCGAGGAGUGAUGACUCUGUUCUCCAUCAAGAGCAACCACCCUGGGCUGCUGAGCGAGAAGGCUGCCAGCAAGAUCAACGAGACCAUGCUGCGCCUGGGCAUUUUUGGCUUCCUGGCCUUUGGCUUUGUGCUCAUCACCUUCAGCUGCCAUUUCUACGACUUCUUCAACCAGGCGGAAUGGGAGCGCAGCUUCCGGGACUAUGUGCUAUGCCAGGCCAACGUGACCAUUGGGCUGCCCACCAAGAAGCCCAUCCCAGACUGUGAGAUCAAAAACCGCCCGAGCCUCCUGGUGGAGAAGAUCAAUCUGUUUGCCAUGUUUGGCACUGGCAUUGCCAUGAGCACCUGGGUGUGGACCAAGGCCACGCUGCUCAUUUGGAGGCGCACCUGGUGCAGGCUGACCGGGCAGAGCGAUGACGAGCCCAAACGGAUCAAGAAGAGCAAGAUGAUCGCCAAGGCCUUCUCCAAGCGGCGAGAGCUGCUGCAGAACCCCGGCCAGGAGCUCUCCUUCAGCAUGCACACCGUCUCCCACGACGGGCCUGUGGCGGGCUUGGCCUUUGACCUCAAUGAACCCUCAGCAGAUGUUUCCUCUGCCUGGGCUCAGCAUGUCACCAAGAUGGUGGCUCGGAGAGGAGCCAUACUGCCCCAGGAUGUGUCUGUCACCCCUGUGGCAACUCCAGUGCCCCCUGAGGAGCAAGCCAACCUGUGGCUAGUGGAGGCCGAGAUCUCCCCAGAGCUGGAGAAGCGCAUGGGCCGGAAGAAGAAACGGAGAAAGAGGAAGAAAGAGGUGUGCCCACUGGGGCCCCCCACCGAGCUGCCCCGCCCCACGGUGGGCCAUGCCUCCAGUGCUGUCCCUCGGCUGCCUCAGCUGCCCCGGCAGAAAUGCCUGGUGGCUGCUGGAGCCUGGGGAGCUGGGGAGCCCUGCCGACAGGGAGCCUGGACCCUGGUCUCCAACCCCUUCUGUCCAGAGCCCAGUGCCUUCCAGGACCCGUUUCUGCCCAUUGCCCCAGCCCCCGUGCCUUGGGCUCAGGGCCGCCGGCAGGGUCUGGGGCCCAUUCACUCCCGCACCAACCUGAUGGAGGCUGAGCUCAUGGAUGCAGACUCAGACUUCUGAGCCUGGAGAGCAGGACCUGGGACAGGACAGAGAGGAGCAGAUGUUGUUCCGAGGCUCUUCUUCCUCCCUGAGAGCGCUUCCUCAGGACCUGAUCUUCCAGAGAACCCGAGGGCCCAGUGCCCUCCUGGGAGAGGGGCUCGAGGCAGCAGGACUGCAAGAAAAAGCCCUGAGGGGCUACAUCUCCUUGGUUGGGACUCACCAAGGGCAGGGCCCUGGCGCUCAGGGUCCUCAUUUCUGCACCACCAGCUGGAGUCUGGCUGGAGCGCGUCGCCUGUAGGGUCAUGGAACAUGCUGAGCUUGCGGUGGGGCAGGAAUGGUGGAAGCAGGGGUGACAGCACUCAAGUGGGCUCUGGUGGCCCGUGUCCAGCAGAUUGGGCCCAGCUACCCUUUUCUGGGCCAAGUGGUACCCUUUUUGGCGCUCUCAAACCAAGUUGGUUUAUUGUGUCAUUAGCCCUUUGUCUAAGAGGGGCCAGGCUCCCUUCUUCCUCUUCCAGAUGGCAGUAGGACUGGGAGCGUGCACUCCCAUGCGGGCUGUAACCUCUCUUGGGAGGUGCCUAGCUGGCCCUAACCCAGGUCAGUAACCCAUCCUCUGCUGUCCUACACCAUCCCUCCCCAUUUCACUUCACCCAGGCCAACCUGUUUCCAUUUCCUGUUUAUUGAUUAGGACCCAGAGCUGCAGCACUUCCCGUCCCCCACCCUACCUCUCUACUGUUGGGCCUCCUCUCCAGGGAGAGCCUGGACCUGGUGUAGCAUAGAAACAGUGACAGGAGGGACACGUGUUAACUUCCGCACAUCCAUCCAGUGGGAGGGGGGUAGAUCCUCCGACCUGAGGAACUACCCUGGGAAGCUGCUGUAGCUUCAGCCAGACAGAAAAGUUUCCUUCAACUUCCACAACCUGUGGGUGAGGGCACUCCCACCUCUCAUAACCCCCAACAAUGUCCCCAAGGCCCCAACUUCAAGAACCAGACAGCAGGAAGCCUAAGAAGCUGGCUGGGUCCCAGAUCAGGGGAGAGGGAGAGGGAGAAGAGAUAAACUAAAUAAAAGGUUUUUGUAUAAA